CUACUCGCAAAUGCUGUGCGUAGAGGCAGUAACAAACAACCAAAUCAAACGCAGUCUCCUUCCUCGCUUCUUUCUCUCUACCCCGCCAUGGCGGCUCUUAUGGAGCUGUCUGUGCUACGGCCAACAGGGCACUCCCUUUUCCCUUCAAUCUCCACAUCCAACCUCAGAGUAAAAACCAACAGUUCUCUCCGGCUCCAGUGCUCGAUCGCGGAGGGCUCCACCAUCUCGCCAUCGAACAUCGACGAUGGAGGUAUCCCCACGGCGGACUGCGUAAUUGUCGGGGGUGGGAUUAGUGGCCUCUGCAUCGCGCAGGCACUUGCCACGAAGCACCGUGAUGUUGCUUCCAAUGUGAUUGUGACCGAGGCCAGAGACCGCGUCGGCGGCAACAUAACCACCGUUGAGAGGGACGGGUACCUCUGGGAAGAGGGCCCCAACAGUUUCCAGCCGUCUGAUCCUAUUCUCACCAUGGUGGUAGAUAGUGGCUUGAAGGAUGAUUUGGUACUAGGGGACCCUAAUGCACCUCGCUUUGUUUUUUGGAAUGGGAAAUUAAGGCCAGUGCCUGCAAAGCCAACUGAUUUGCCAUUCUUUGACUUGAUGAGCUUUGGUGGAAAGCUUAGGGCUGGAUUUGGUGCCAUUGGAAUUCGCCCUGCUCCUCCAGGUCAUGAGGAAUCUGUUGAAGAGUUUGUUCGCCGCAACCUUGGGGAUGAGGUUUUUGAGCGACUAAUUGAGCCAUUUUGUUCAGGUGUUUAUGCGGGUGAUCCUUCAAAACUUAGCAUGAAAGCAGCUUUUGGAAAGGUUUGGAGACUGGAACAGCUUGGUGGCAGCAUUAUUGGAGGCGCUUUUAAAGCAAUCCAGGAGAGAAAUAACACUGUCAAGCCACCGCGUGACCCGCGUCUGCCAAAACCAAAGGGACAAACAGUUGGAUCUUUCAGGAAGGGACUCACAAUGUUGCCUGAGGCAAUUUCUGCAAGGUUGGGUAGCAAAGUUAAAUUAUCUUGGAAGCUUUCAAGUAUUAUUAAAUUAAACAAUCGAGGAUAUUGUUUGACGUAUGAAACUCCAGAAGGAUUGGUUUCAUUGCAGAGCAAAAGUGUGGUCAUGACUGUUCCAUCUCAUGUUGCAAGUAGUCUGUUGCGCCCUCUUUCUGAUCCUGCUGCAGAUGCACUCUCAAAAUUCUAUUACCCGCCAGUUGCAGCAGUGUCCAUCUCAUAUCCAAAGGAAGCAAUUCGGACUGAGUGCUUGAUCGAUGGUGAACUUAAAGGCUUCGGCCAAUUGCAUCCACGCAGCCAAGGAGUGGAAACCUUAGGAACAAUAUACAGCUCUUCGCUUUUUCCUAAUCGAGCGCCAGCAGGAAGGGUUCUGCUCCUGAACUAUAUUGGAGGAGCUACCAACCGUGGGAUUUUGUCCAAGACUGAGGCCAAGCUUGUGGAGGUGGUCGACCGUGAUUUGAGAAAGAUGCUCAUAAAUCCGAGUGCAAAGGAUCCGUUUGUAUUAGGUGUAAGAGUGUGGCCGCAAGCAAUUCCACAAUUCUUGGUUGGUCAUUUAGACCUUGUAGAUGCUGCAAAAUCUGCUCUUAACAGCGGUGGGUUUGAAGGGCUUUUCUUGGGAGGAAAUUAUGUAUCUGGUGUGGCAUUGGGACGAUGUGUGGAGGGUGCGUACGAGGUUGCAGCAGAAGUAAACAGUUUUCUAUCACAAUAUACAUACAAUUAGUGUCUGAUACAGGCCAAGUUCUCCACAUUCUGAGUAUGUAGUCCCGUGUAGUUUUCAGCAGUUAAAACAUUAAUGGGUAGUGUUUUUCUCCUUGGAUUUCCCUUUCGUUUUUUGGCAUUUCCAUUAAAUUUGUAAUAACGACGUAUUAAGUCUUUGCUUAUUCCGUGAUUAGUGGCUCUGCCUUGGGCACCCUUGAAAAGCCUAUGGGGCUAUUGAAGCAAAUCUUCCUUUUACUCGUUGUAGGGAAUGUACGAUACGCGCUGGACAUAAACUUGUCGGGCA